AACUCCAUAUCUUGUGUUAGAAUAUUGAAAGAAAGUACUAUGGAAGAAACUAUUUCGAAAAUAAACGAUUUUUUGGCAGAGUUAGAAAUUCUAAUCGGAAGUCAGCUUCAUGAUUACUCGGAGGUUAAUGAAAAAUUCAAAGAAGGAAAAGAAUUAAUUGAUGAAUUAGAAGAGGUUAACGAAAAACAACACGGCCUUUUUAGGUACAUAUAUCACGCAAAAUAUUCUGACUAUUCAAAGAAACGAGGCAAUAUGGAAAAUGCUAGAAAGCAUGAAAAGUUAGCCAAAAAAUACGAAAAAUUUAGAACAACCGCACAAGAAACGAAUAUUUAUGAAACAAAUUUAUUAUUUACGGAUGCCAGAUUAAAAGAUGCCGAAGAAAUUUUUGAUCAUGAAAAAAAAAUUCUUCAAGAUUUCGUAAAAGAAGAACUAGAAAAGAUCAAAAGUAUUUUACAGGAUGAAGUGGUUGAGCAAUUCCGACGGGAAAUUGAAAAAGUUUUUAAUGCAACGUUAAACUCCUUUUUGGAUUUUCGCAAUCUUAUUGAGCUUGAAAUACAUUUAUGCAAAUUAACAGACGGUCCUAUUACAGGAGAGCUUUUUGACCUGGAGAACGUAAGCACAGACAAAACUAAUGAAAUCGAGAAAGCUAGAAAAGCCUUGUUAAAUUCUUUAG